AUGCAUCGGAAAGCGUCUCCUUUUCCGUAUGAUCCCAUGAUCAUACCGCGCGUGAAACAAUAUCUGGAAGAAAAUGUACACCAAACGUACGUCGAUACGGGUGUGAUGGCUCGGGAACUACAGCAACGGUACCGUGAAUAUCAUCGUCGCAAAGCCAAUCCCUUCCGAUUGUUGGUGGAAGAGGCGUACCGUACCGUGCUGCACAGUUACGGGCUAGAUAGUAAUGCGUCAUCGGAAGAUGAAGCUGCGUCGGAUGUGGAGGUGAUGGAUGAAAGUGCACAGCGAAGUCAGAUGAGCAACACACUUACCAGUAUGUACAUGAAUAAUCGGAAUCGGGCCGCACCCUCACAGACCGUUCCACCGGACCAAUCCGGAACCGGGGCAGCUGGUGAUGCGAUUGAUAUUAGCAGCGAUGAAGAGGACGGUCCCACAGCUGAGGCUACCGAAGGUGGUGCUGGAGGUGAAUCAAACUACGUUGAAAAAUUCGUAGCACGCAACAAACACGUCACAGUAACCAAAUUAACUCGUCCGUUAAACAAAGCACCCAACGACGAAUCCAGCAAUGGAAGUGUUGAGAGCGGUGUUAAUGAUUCCGACAAAUGCACGCCGGAUACAAAACGUCGUCGCCUGGAAACGGGUGGUGGACAGGCGGCACGUGGACCGGUGACACAAAGCUAUACCAAUGGGCAGGGUAGCCGUUUGACGAAAGCGAACGAACCAACAAGCAAAUCAAUCAAAGGAGGUGAUCAAUCGAGUCAAACUGCUGGAACACCGGCUGCUGCUACACCAGGUCAGCGUACGAAAAAGUUCCGCAAAGAAAUCGUCGCGACUACGGUUGACAUCAACUUUACCGAUGUUGGUGGAAUGGAUUCGGUGUUGAAGAAUCUGUGCGAGCUGCUGCUGCACGUGAUACAUCCGGAGAUAUACCGGCAUAUCGGAUUGCCGCCGCCGCGAGGGUUCCUGCUGCAUGGGCCACCAGGUUCGGGGAAAACUCUUCUCGCUCGAGCAAUUGCAGGACAAUUAAAUGUGCGUCUGAUCGAGAUCCCCGCAACCGAGCUGGUCGCCGGAGUCUCCGGUGAAUCGGAAGAACGAAUAAGAGAUGUGUUUGAGCAAGCGAUCUCAUACGCACCGUGCGUUCUAUUCAUAGAUGAAAUCGAUGCCAUCUCGUCGAACCGGAUCAACGCACAGAAGGACAUGGAGCGGCGUAUUGUCGCCCAGCUGCUUAGUAGCUUGGAUGCCCUCGGCAAGCAGGAAGGUGGAGAAGGAGUCAUCGUUAUCGGGGCAACCAAUCGUGCCGAUGCGCUCGAUCCGGCCCUUCGACGUGUUGGACGAUUCGAUCAGGAGAUAUCACUCGGCAUUCCGGAUCGACCGGCACGAACUCAGAUAUUGCGUAUCAUUUGCCGGAAGCUAAAAAUUGGCGAUACGAUCGAUUAUGGCGAACUGGCAAAGCUGACGCCCGGAUACGUUGGGGCGGAUUUGUUGGCACUUGCUACCCGUGCUGCAAACAACGCUAUUAAACGACUUUUCACCAAACACGAGUGGGAUAUAUUGAAGGAAGCGCCCGAACCAAGCGUGGACGAGGAUGUAGUUGCCAUAGACGACGAACUCGAAGAAGUGGUAAAUCUUGACGAUGAAAAAGACGAUCCAAAGGAAGCAGAAACCAAACCGCCCCAGGAAUCGGACGAAAACGAGGUAGUCGAAAGUGUGGAAAACGUGAACGAGACCGAACAAAUUGCGGCCGAUUCGACACAAGUUACCGAACCUGUCGCAACCGUUUCUCAGGACCAGCAGCAGCAGGUGGAAACUGUAGAAAAGGAGUCUAAAGGCGAUGGUUCUGCAGUUGAGGCUACAGAAAAAAUGGAUGUCGAUGCGGAACAAAUCCCUGCGCCAGGAACAUCUAAGGUAGUUGCUCCUCGGGAACUUAAUAGUGUGGAAAUCGUUGAAGAGGAUCAGCAAAUGGAGGAGAAAACGAGUAAUAAUCAAACCGCAACAGCUGUUGUCGCGGAACCAUCCCCCGAAGUUGUACCAUCAUUAGAAGAGUCGGCGAUGGAAGCGGACAGUUGCAUUCCGCCUAAAGCGACAACAGGCGCGGCGAAAGAGCUCACCCUUGAGCAGAUGCUGGAAUUGCUGCUGAACCAACAGAAUGCACUACCGAUGACGGAUAUCGAGGGACUAUGUAUCGAGCGGGAAGAUUUUAUGGAAUCGCUAAAAACCGUUCAACCGUCGGCGAAGCGGGAGGGUUUCAUUACCGUGCCGGAUGUAACGUGGAACGAUAUCGGUUCGUUGGGCGAUAUACGGGAGGAAUUGAAGCUGGCCAUACUGGCUCCGGUAAAGUUCCCGCAGCGUUUGAAGCUGCUCGGGCUGAAUGCACCGUCCGGUGUUUUGCUCUGUGGACCGCCGGGAUGUGGCAAAACACUUCUUGCCAAAGCGGUCGCAAACGAGGCCGGUAUUAACUUCAUCUCCGUUAAGGGACCGGAACUGUUGAAUAUGUACGUCGGUGAAUCGGAACGUGCCGUACGGCAGUGUUUCCAGCGGGCCCGCAACUCCGCACCGUGCGUCAUCUUCUUCGACGAAUUUGAUUCACUCUGCCCGAAGCGAUCCGAUACAGCGGAAAGUAGUGCGGGGACGCGCGUAGUCAACCAGCUGCUAACCGAGAUGGACGGUAUUGAGGAGCGCAAGGGUGUAUUUUUAAUGGCGGCCACCAACCGGCCGGACAUUGUUGAUCCGGCUGUACUGCGUCCGGGACGUUUGGAUAAGAUUCUCUACGUCGGACUGCCGGCAAAGGACGAUCGGGUGGAUAUACUACGCGCGUUGACCAAGAACCGCGCGCAACCUCCAUUGGCAGAUGAUGUUGAGUUUGAAAAGGUGGCUGACCUAACGGACGGAUACACUGGAGCAGAUUUGGCCGGGCUUGUACGGCAGGCUUCGUUACAAACGCUUAAGGAUUCGAUAAUGGUCAGCGGCGUUGAGGAGCGUAUGGGAGCGGAUAACAAACAGCAAGAAGAUGAUGCCCAGCUGUGUCUGGUGGUACGUUUCGAACAUUUCCAACAAGCGAUACGAAACACCAAACCAUCGGUCAGCGCGGAGGACAAGAAGCAUUAUGAGAAGUUACGUUUGAAGUACGGCGUAAAUUUGAUUGCUUAA